UGUGGCUGUGAGUGGUAUAUGAAUCAGUGAGAUAUUUUCAAGCAGAGCCUGCCACGCACUACUGAAGGUCUCCUUUCAGUUUUCUGGAUCACCGACACAAGUGUCUGGAGACGCGGCGGCCGGCCCGCCCGGUCGGCCUUCAGCCGGCCGACGCACGGCGUCAGCUGAGUCGUCCUCGACAACCUCUGCUGGUGGACGCUAUGGCCGUGCUGCACCGCGCGCUGGUCACCUGGUUCCUCAGUCUCGUGUUCCUGAUUCUGCUCGUGCUGCGGCUGGACGGCCGAACCCGGUGGAACUGGUUCAUCGUCUUCAUCCCCAUGUGGAUCCUGGACAGCAUCAUGAUCCUGUACGCGCUGGUGGUGAUGGUGUCGCCGUGCCGCAGCGGCGACCGCUGGCGCGAGGUCACCGCCAACCUCACCUCGGUGCUGGCCGUGCUGCUGAAGCUGGCCUUCCAGACGUGUCUGUGCCUGCACCUGCAGUACCCGAUGGCCGGGCUGCCGCUGCACGCCGCGCUCGCGCCGCUGCUCGUCCUGCUGACCGGCGCCACUGUCAGUCUUAUGCGCAAUCUCAUCCAGACGCACUGCAACUAACGGCUGGCGGCAGCGGCGCCGAGCCGGAGCCGACCCAGUGGCGUGUGACGCGGCCAGCGGCGGUGGCGGACAGGUGGUGCCGUCGGGUCGCGCCGGGGAAAUACGCCCAUCUCGUGGAAGGAACGAGGGCUCUGUGAUACGCCUGUUUUAUGUGCGUCGUGAUUUGAGGAUUCAUUCAUAAACAGUUGUUUCAUUAUGGAUUUAUGAUGACCUGUGUCGGGAGACAUUCUGCCGCGAUGUGGAAGUGUUUACUUUCUACGCCGUACGUGUCAUCGAAUUCUCGCGACUGAGUAGAUCAUAAGUGUGUGUCAUAAGAUUUCAGACAUAUAUGUGUAAUGACUGUAUUGUCAGAAGGCUGUGCUGUAUGAAAUAUACGUACUCUGUACGAAA